GGCCAGGAGACCGACUGGGCGUAGGGGAAUGCUCUCAGAUGAGUAAUAGACCUGCGACGUCUGUGGAACAACAUUCCCGAAAGGCAUACGCGUUUCAUAAACCCGACGAUGAGCACAGGCCAGGAGGGUCAGGAGACCGACUGGGCGUAGGGAAAUGUUGUCCUGGAAGCAAAAAAUUUUUAUUAGCGUGUUUUUCAAAAGAAAUUCUACUUCAAAUUGGAGCAACUAUGAUCUCUACUUUUCAACAGCAAAAAGACCGUCUCAUGGAAAGUGCAAGAGGUAUAGCUGACCGUGUCAAAAAUAAUAGAAGUGAAAGAAAACUUUUUCUAGAUUUGCAGGAUACCUACGAGUAUAAUCGGGAAUGA